CUCCGCCGUGCAAAAAAGCAUUGGGCCUGUCGUUUGUUGGGUAUGGGAUUCCGCUCUCUUGCCUGAUAGCCAUGUCUUGGGGCAGAGCAUGUCUCUUUCUCUCCCAGUUCACUCCUACUCGUCUCACUUCCAUCCUACUCCUCCCUUAAGGGGAUCUUCCUUCCGCCAGACCAGACCAUGGACCCAACCCGGCAUCCGGCCGUGCAGGUCGUCAUCAAUGGCCGUCCUCAGGCGCAGCCUCACCAUGUCGCUGGCCUUCCGCCGCGUCGGGAUCGCCCGUUGUUUGUAGAGGAGGCUUUGCAGUACUCUCCCAUGUCUAGCUCUCCCGUCUUCGGCUUAGACUGUAUCAUACGCCCGGACGUUGGUCGCCCUCCGAACACAACCUCCAUCAAUCAUAUUCUUCAAUCCGGUCGUACGGCCUUGAAUGACCUCAACGGCGAGAUCGAAUCUGGACGUGAUGAUCGGUUGGAGACGUCGCGCGAAUACCUGCAGCAGUUGUUGGACGGGGACCACUUGACUGAAUUUAAGUUUAAGCUCCCUGCAGGCAUCGGCAGUUCCCACCAUCCGACGUCCGGUCCUGAGCAGGCUUCCGGCCGCGAUAAUCUUGGCUCAUUUGCAAAGAUGAUGCUGGAUUCUACGGAUAUAGCAUUUCGAUAUCCCACUGUACCCCAGGCGGAAACCGGAAAGCUUCCUCAGACGCCGAAUUCCUGGAACCAGAAAGCACAUGCGGCAAACAAGUCAACGCCCGCGUCUUAUCACCAGCAGGGCCCUCAAACAAGCCAUCUAUCCGUCGUUAUCCCAGUAAAACCUAUCCCAUCUCAUGACAACCGGGGCGCGUCAAAGAGAAGAAAGCUCAAUGCGGAAGGGGAGGAUAGUCUCGCCUCGAUACGUUUGAAAGACCAGAAGGAGGAAGCAGACGCGGCUUUGGUAAAGCUGCAAGAUCUUCUCCAUGAGGUAUUCGAGGCCGAGGAUCAACUCGAGCCAGGAACAUCGAAUGUAGCUGCUGAUCAAUCGAACCCCGUCUUCGCUGCGGCUCAUGCGCUCGAGGUCAGUGGGCCCAUCCUCUCUUCGGAUGCGCAUAGUCGCCUUCAGAAGGCUAUGAAAAAAGUUGUUGGCUUCAAAAGGCUUCAAGAUAUCCCCUCCGACUACCUGAAAAGAAUCCAGAAACUUUGUGAAAAGCCCAUUAUUGCUGCGCAGUCACCAGAUCUGAGAUUAGACGAUCCUUCGAACGAAGGUGAAGCUCAAGAGUGGUUAAAGAAGUUGGAAGAUAUACAUAAUGCCCUUCUUGCUGUCGGCACGUUGCUGCAAACGAUGUCGGGCUCGCAGACCGAGCGGGAUCUUUGCCCCGAGGAUCUGAUCGAGGCCAUCCCGAACGUACUUAACCAGUCCUUUGAUCACUGUAUUAUUCCCGCUGUGGAAGCGCGCCCCAAUGGUAAGGAUGGGAAGCUCUUCGAAUUCUUUUCCGCCCAGAGGCGAGCCAUUGGGGCCGUGAUCCAGCAAGACAAAAAAGUUCUUUCUCUUUUCGCUGAUUUCCUCUCUCGCAUCGAUGUCUCCGAGGGUACAGUAACGGCAACGGAAUUCUUUGCCGCCAAACUGAUCUUCGUGGAGAAUGCACACACGGAGAAAGACUCCGCGGUAGGAUUCCAAAAGUACGAGUCUGUCCGGCGUGGUGCAAUGGAUGUCCUUGCAAAGAUCUUUUCCAAAUAUCCCGAUCAACGACCUUUUAUCCUUGAUGAAAUUCUAGUGUCAUUAGAGAAACUUCCAUCCACGCGACAAAGCGCCAGGCAGUUCAAACUCUCUGACGGAAAGAGCAUCCAGCUACUCACGGCGUUAGUGAUGCAACUUGUGCAGACGACUGCGUUGGAGGUUCCAUCUUCUAGAAACGCGACAACAAAGCGAAAGCUACCUGCGUCUGGUGAUGAUGCUGAAGAAGACGAUGACGAGCCUCUUGGGAACGAAAAUGGAAUGGACGACGACUCUGAAAUCUCACUAGAACAACUCGCGACCAAGGUCAAUCGCCUUUACGAUAAUGCAGUUCGCAGCGCCCAGUAUAUCGUCAAAUUCAUUGUGCAGCGGGCAAUGACAUCUACCAAGACCGGCGACCAGCCCUACCGCAAUAUCCUCGAUCUUUUUACGGAAGACCUAAUUGGGGUGCUGGGUUCGACCGAUUGGCCAGCGGCUGAAUUGCUUCUUCGCAUCAUGGCCUCCCACAUGGUUGGUAUAGCCGACCUAGAUAAGAGUCCCGCUACCGCAAAAAGCAUGGCUCUGGAAUUGCUAGGAUGGAUGGGCUCCGCAAUAUCCGAUCUCAUUGUGACCGCCCAACAUCUGCUUCCAGGGAUGGAGGAGUCCGACAGUGAUCUCACCGAUUAUCUACGACAACUGUUCGACGAUUAUUCGAAUCGUGCUUUGCAUCCUCAGGAUCUCGUGGUCGCCGAGGGACCUUACCGAAUGACGUUGGAGUACUUCAUACAAGAUCGCAACUCCGAUACCUGGCAGCUCACCAGCGCUCGGGGCUAUUUUCUUGCGCAAUGGGCGAAGACCUUCUGCUCCGUUUACUACAACCCCGAGGACAAGGAUGAAGUUACCUACGAUGAUGAGACUGAGGACCUGGUCGACCUUUUUGCGAGACUGUUGUCGGACCCGCUGUGGUUGGAGACUCACAAACAUUUUGACGGCAUACCUUCCGCACAUGGAAAAUUUGCCUACAUUCUAACGGUUUUGAACUCGAGCUUCUGCAAAGCUUUUGACACGAUCCUGAAGGUUCUCCUCAACUCAAUCACCAGUGAUCAAGCCAAGGUCCGCAGCCGCAGUCUGAAGAGUGUAAUCUACAUGCUCGAGAAAGACCCGAGUCUUCUGGACAGAGAUGCCUCUGUAAUGCGUGUGAUCCUGCGGUGCGCAACCGAUGCAUCUCCCAUGGUGCGCGAUUCCGCACUUUCUUUGAUCGCCAAAUGCAUUACUCUGAAGCCAAAGCUGGAAGAAGACGGGUGCCGCAGUAUUCUGACCUGCGCUGCCGACGCCACUGCGGGUGUGAGAAAGCGCUGUAUAGGCUUACUCAAAGACAUCUAUCUCAAGACCUCUCGCACUGAGCUCAAACUAGCGAUACUCGACAGCUUUCUUCAGCGGACGGGGGAUCUCGAGGAAAGUGUAGCUUCACUGGCACGCCAGACAUUCGAAGAAAUUUGGCUGGCGCCAUUCUACGAGGUGGUCGACUCCGCACAGGAUGGCCCGAAAUUGCAGGUUGGCCUCGGCGAACGAGUUACGCUGAUUGUCAAGUUGGUGCAACGGAGCGAAACAGCUCUUGAGACCCUCGGGGAUUGCCUCAAGAAGAUCCUAUCCGAUAAAUCCAAGUCCGCUUCUCUGAACUUCAAAGUUUGCAAGGCGCUGGUAUCCACGAUGUUCGAGAAGCUAGUUGAGGGCAACGACGCUUCGGGCAAGGAGUUCCAGCAAGCUCUAUUGCAAACCAUCACUGUUUUUUCAAAGGCCAACGCCAAACUUUUCCGGCCCGAUCAGCUCGAAACCCUGCACCCUUACAUUGGACAUCUUGCCACGGCGGAGGAUCUCUUUCUGUUCCGGUCCGUGGUAGUUAUAUACCGUUGUGUCUUGCCAUUCCUAUCCGCCGCGCAUCACACCCUUCUCAAGGAAGUUCAGAACGAUCUUUUCAAAAGCGUUGCUAAACUUGCUCGCUCCGAGCUCAACGAAGUUAUGGCCUGUCUUUGGACCAUCAACGGAGUGCUUCACAACACAGACAGACUUGUGAAGCUGACUAUCUCCGUUCUGAAACCUAUACAGCACUACAAGAACAUUGACCUUUCGGAUACUGCCAAUACAGCCGUCCUGGCGAGGGCCAAAAGUUAUAUACGAAUCGCGGGUUGCGUUGGCCGGCACUGCGACCUCGAAAAAUACGAACCGCACUUCAAAAAUGCGUUCCCUGCUUGGAACGGGGGCUCCGUCGCCGGCUUGAUGGUUGACGCCAUUAUGCCUUUCACUCUUCCUCGACAGCCGCUUGAAUUGAGAGUGAUGGCCCUCGAAAGUUUGGGCUCAAUUUGUCAAUCCUGGCCGGGCCAGUUCAGCCGGGAAGAACCUCGAAAGAUACUGAGCAUGGUGUUCAAGGAGGAUAACCCUAGCCUCCAAAACAUCGUGUUGAGGGCAUUUGCGGAUUUCUUUGCGAUGCACGAGGGUCGGGCCGAGAAGUCGGUCAUGCCCGUUGCAGAAGUUGCAGAUCAAGAGAAUUCCACCAGACUCGGAGGGUCCUUGAAAGCCAGCGACAACGACGGAGCGGCUGCGUUGAUUGCGCAACACUUCCUACAAAGCAUGCUUCGUGUGGCACAAUCGCGACAGGAUUCGUACGCCUUGACUGCCAUCGAGCUGAUAGCCAGCAUCAACCGACAAGGUCUUGUCCACCCGAAGGAAUGCGCGGGCGUUUUGGUUUCCUUGGAAACAUCGACCGUCCCGGCCAUCGCCAAAAUUGCCUUUGACACUCAUAAAAUGCUGCACCAGCAGUAUGAAUCCAUGUUCGAAAGAGAAUACAUGCGGGCCGUCCAGGAGGCGUUCUAUUAUCAGCGAGAUAUAGUGGGGGACUCUAGCGGUGCGCUCAGCCGCCCGUUCGUUGCUAAACUCGCGCCGUUGUUUGAGAUCGUCAAGAUCAGCAACAGUCGGUAUCAGAAAAAGUUUCUCGCGAACCUGUGUGCCAAGGUCGAUUUUGAAUUGAAAAAACUCGACUUUACGGGCGACCCUCCGGAGCACCUUCUGCUGGCUCGGUUUGUGUCACAGAAUCUUGCGUUCUUUGACUAUGCCCAGCAUACUGAGCUGGUGCCCACGAUUGGAUGUAUGGAACGCAUCGUGUCUGCAACUGGUACGGUCGUGGCCCAUUCCAUUGAGACGGAGAUAUUCCCAGCCAAGCUAGAGCCUCCGCAGGUUCCUCAGGUUGACGGAUUUUCCAUGCCCGUGGUUGAAGCUCCCGGGGUGAUGGCGCCUCCGCAGCAGGUCAACCCCGAAACUCUGAGGCUACUUGCUACUGCAGCUGCAUCCCUGUCGAUGCUCUGGGAAGCUCGAACGCACCUUCGCCGUCUCUACGGCGUCACAGCGCACGUGCGAGACAAGGGUAACAAAGCUGCAAAGGAUCUUCACAAAUCAGCGACCAAGGUCCACGGGAUAACUGGGGACAAAUUCUGGGACGCCAUCCAACGCAACUUCGCCACGCUAGACAGCGAGGAAAACAUGAUCAACAAGUGCCGAGAGUUCUCGACGCUACUUGCCAUUGACGAUGAAUUCAAAAUCGGGCAGGAUGAGGAUGCAGACGGGGAAAGUCUUGACGACAUGGAUGAUGGCGGUACGGCAGGGGCCCUGGCCGCCGCACCGCGCCCUGCCAAAAGAAAGAACUCGAUCCCAGGACAAAAUCCUUCCAAGCGACCCCGUGGGAGGAAACCUGGAUCGGGAAAGAAACGGGCCAGCACGGAGCCCGAAGAAGACCUGGAUUGGAACUGAGAGAGGUGGGUUCCAUCCAGUUGAUUUGUUUUUUUAGCUCAUAAACGUCGCAUAUGGGAAAGGAGAUUGGCGUUCGGAAUAUCCGGCAUGAUUUCGUUUAUUUUGCGACAUCUAUAUUUGCUUUUUCUGUGUUUUAGGGACGGCAUGGGAGGCUCAUUUCGUUGAUUUCAUAUUUUCUUAUCUUCUUAAUUCUUCCUGUUAUUUCACUUCUCUUGAUUUACCUUUUAC